AUGGGAAUGCUUUCCAAUAAGAUUGAUAGGAAACAAUUGAAACCAGGAGAUCACAUCUACUCUUGGAGGCAGGCUUAUCUUUAUGCACAUCAUGGAAUCUAUGUUGGUGAUGGAAUGGUAAUCAACUUCACAACUUCAGUACAACAAGCUGCUGGAGCUAGAACACCAACUAUUUUGGAACGUUUCUUUACAAGUUCAGCUCCAAAAUUCAAUACUCCAUGCCCAAGAUGCGGUUAUGGCGACCGAACAAGGACCAAUGGUAUCAUCAAAUCCUGCUUAGACUGUUUCCUUUCUGGAGGUGAACUCUAUCUCUUUCAGUAUGGUGUCUCCUAUGCAGUUUUUCUAGCCCAAGCUCGAGGCGGUACUUGCACACUUGCUUCUUCUGAUUCAACCGAAGUUGUUCUUCACCGUGCUUUUUAUCUUCUUGAAAAUGGUUUUGGUAGCUACAAUGUCUUCAAGAAUAACUGUCAAGAUUUUACAAUUUACUGCAAAACUGGUCUUCUUUUAGCACAAAGUGGACGUCAAGCAGUAUCUUUUUUGGCUGCUGCCAGUGCUAUGGCUUCCUCAUCAACUGGGCUUGCGAUCUCUGGUAUUUUUGGUAUGACAUUUUUUGGUUGUGGAACGUACUGCAUUAAAAGAUUGGUUUUUGAUAUUGGAUUUCGCCACGAAGUUAUCAAAGAUGUAACCAAAGUUCCUGUUGAAAAAAUACCUGAGAUGGCCAGGGGGGGCAACUAA